GAAAAACUGCAGCAGCAGCAGCAGCAGCUGAGGAAUAAGGAAAUAAGGGAAGGAAAAUCCAGGGAUUCUGAGGGACGAGCUGCUCCCGAGGAUGAGCUCCGUGCUCCUGCCCGCCCUGCUGCUGCUGCUCUCCGUGGGCAGCGCCGGGUCGCAGCCGGAGCGGGCGCUGCCCCGGCGGCGCCUGUCGUGCGUCAGGUGCUGCGGGCCCUCGGAGCAGCCCGUGCCCAUCCUGUCCCAAAGAUCCGCCAGGAUGAGCGGAGAGCCCCAGUAUUCCCCGCCCAAAAUCCAGCCCACCAUCGACAUCACCAUCCUCAAAGGCGAGAAGGGCGAGAUGGGCGAGCGGGGGUCCCCCGGGGCCGCGGGGCAGGCGGGGGAGCGCGGGAUGCGGGGCCGGCCCGGCCCCCAGGGCCAGAAGGGCCAGCCCGGCCCCCAGGGCCACUCCUGCAAGCAGCUCUUCGCCGCCUUCUCCGUGGGCCGCCGCCAGCCCCAGCACAGCUCCCACUACUUCCAGCACGUCACCUUCGACACCGAGUUCGUCAACCUCUACCAGCACUUCAACAUGUUCUCCGGGAAGUUCUUCUGCUACGUGCCGGGGAUUUACUACUUCAGCCUCAACGUGCACACCUGGAAUUUCAAGGAGACCUACGUGCACCUGAUGAGGAACGAGCAGCCCGUGGCCAUCCUGUACGCCCAGCCCAGCGACAGGAGCAUCAUGCAGAGCCAGAGCCUGAUGCUGGAUCUGCAGGAGGGGGAUGAGGUUUGGGUCAGGAUGUUCAAGAGGGAGCGGGAAAACGCCGUUUACAGCGAGGAGUCGGAUGUUUACAUCACCUUCAACGGGCACCUGAUCAAACCCGCCCUGGAGUAGGAGCUCCUCAGCUCCAGGGAGA